UCAAUGAGAACCGAGAGCACAGUACCAACUACAGGACAUGAGUCACGUGAUCAUGUCCCUGCUUUCCUCCACGGCCGGCCAAGGAGUUGGUGAGGGCCAAUCAAAAUAUUGCAAUGACAGGGAUACACCGGAUGGUUCAAGCUUCGACGCGUCGGGCACCGCUCUCCCAGUCGAGUAGGUCAUUGUCAGCCAUGUCGGCACAGAAAUUGCCGCGUCUUCCGCUGCCCCACCUGCACAAGACCAUGGCAAAAUAUCUUGACUCCAUCCAACCAGUGCUGCUCCAGGACGAAUUGGAUGGGGGCGCGCCAUUUGCUGCAGCCUUUGAAGAACGCCAGAAACUUGUCCAGUCCUUCCUCAGUGGACCAGGCAAGGUUGCACAGGCGCGCCUGCGUGCUCUCGACGAUGUCUCACCCCACAAUUGGCUAGAUGAUAACUUCUGGUUAAAAAAAACGUAUCUGGAGUGGAGAGCGCCGCUCCUCAUAAAUUCUAAUUGGUGGUUGACUUUUGUAAACGACGCUGAAGUACCAGAGGAGGUCAUAAGGGACCAAGGGCAGGGAUUCACUCCAUGGCAGAUCAGGAGGGCGGCUUGCUUAGUGCGAGGCAUCCUCGAUUUCAAACAUAGAAUGGAAUCGCAGGAAUUAUACCCGGAUACCACGCGUGUAGGCAUUUGGCUACGACACUGUACCUCGGCCAUCUUCAAUAUUUGUCGUGUUCCUCAGCGUAACUGCGAUUAUCUUAGCGUCACCGCCUCUUCUCACUGGGCAUCUGCCAUCGUCAUUAUGGCACACGACUUCUUCUACGCAUUGCAGGUCGCCGACCUGAAGACUGGUGCACCUCUGGGGGUAGACGACAUUGAAUGGGGGAUCAGGAAAAUAGUGGAGGACGUACUCAAGAGGAGAGAACAGGGAGAGACAGCAGUCAGAGUAGGAGUCUUGAGCUCUGACGAAAGGAAUACGUGGGCCGAGAACUACGUUCAUCUCCGCUCCCUGUCUUCGCGCAACGUUCGCUCUUUAGAUGCAAUCCAGGAAUCCCUCUUUGUCCUCUCACUCGAUCACUGGUCGGCGCCAUCUGUGCCACUUGAAGAGAAUGAUUCACAGUCGUUUCCGUUAACUUUUCCAACUGACAGGGCCGUUCCGCGUCCCGGUACAGGAAAUUCGACUGUGCAAGCGACCCAGCUUCCCUUCCAGGCCACGCAGACGGACAGAGUAGUACCCUCAAUCCCGCAUGGACCUGUCUCCCCCAAUCCGGUGCCGUACGACCUCCGCCAACACCAACAACGCACGCGUGCCCCUCCUGCAUUGCAAAACCGUUUUCUUGACAAACCUCUCCAGCUCAUUGUGGAGCGUACGACACGCGCCGGUGCCUGUGGUGAACACGCAGCCGUGGAUGCAUUGGUUCCCAGUGUCGUUUGUGAGUGGGCUGUAGCGAAGGCUAGUGGUGUGACCCUGUCCGGAGGCAUGGCGGCCACACCGCUUGCUAGCAAGGAAACGGCCGAGUUGCGAGUGCGCGGGCACAAAGAGGUUGACUUUGCUAGUUGUGCAUUUUGGGAAAGACUUGACUUUGUUGCAUCUUCACACAUCGAGACAGCAAUUGCAGAUGCGACGUGUCGUGCAGAAGUGCUUGUCGCAGACUCAGACCAUGACGUGCUGUACUUUACAACGUUUGGUGGAGAUGAGAUCCAGCGAGUGUCUGGUUACCCUCCGGAUGCUUUCGUUCAGCUUGCAAUGCAACUAGCUUACUAUCGGGUUCACGGACGCACAACUCCCGUGUAUGAGACUGCCCUCACGCGGUCUUUUCACCAUGGCCGCACAGAGACCAUUCGAAGCCUCACACGUGAGAGCUUCGCAUUUGUGUUAGCGUGUGGGCCCGGGAAGGAUCAGACUUGGAGAGGAUACCCAGUAAAAAAGAGUGUAGAAAGAAGGGAUAUCGACGAGGUACCACCGGCGUGGCCCUCGUCACUCCGUGUUCUUUUAAUCUCUGCGCUUCAUGCACAUGCUUUACUCACCCGCGCAGCUAUCGCAGGCCGUGGCAUCGACCGGCACCUUCUAGGUUUACGGACCGUCUUGGGAACCGAAUGGAACUGGCUCGACGGACGUAGAGAGACAACUGAACAUAUGCCAUUUUCCGGAAGCAGUGAAACAUCACGGGCGUGCAACAGCCAGAAAACCAUAUGGGGACCUGAACAGCCUGUUGCGUUGUUUGAAGAUCCUGUUUUCAGGGAAAGUCAGACAUGGCGGCUAAGCACCAGUGGGUUGAGUGAGGGCUGGUAUUUCCGUGGGACUGGGUUUGGUGCUCCAUUCCCAGAUGGGUAUGGUGUCAACUACCUCAUUGGACCCUCCUCUAUCAAAUUCUGCAUUGACUCUAAGCAUUCCUGUUCAAGCACCUCUACACACAUGUUUAUGGGCCACCUCCAUGAUGCUCUAACAGAUAUGUGGGGUAUCUGUAUGAGCAAAUGUGGAGAAGGGGAUAAGAGGGGUAAUCAUGCUGACUGUUCUGGUGAUGGUAUACCUGUUAGAAAACCAUCACAGAAUGUUGCUGCCACUGGUAGUCAUUGUGUACAAGCUACCAUGGAACAUGUACAGACCAGGCCCCAUGCAAGGC